UCACUCGGAAUUGAUACUGAACCGAAUGCCCGACGGCAUUACAGAACUCCGGAGACGAGCAUGGGACCCCGACCCAAGCAGGACAGCUCCAGGUGACAGCAAGGUUUGUACCUCGAGAGACCUGAAAUACGGAUGGGAUUUAGCCGACUCUUCGCAAUUUUACGUCAACUGCGAUGCAAAAGUCCUAACGCGACACUCCCAGAGUCGACAUGCUAGUCUAUACGGUCCAUGGUCAAAACAACGUCAAGCAAUUGAAGCUGCUCGACCCCGUUGAUGAUUACAUUGCGCCAUGUGCUGAUGCUCAAGACUACGAUCGCGGCUCUCAUGCACUUGACGGUAAUACAUCGUACCGUGGGCCGCAUGUGGUGCCGCAUUGGAUCGCAUCAUUGACUCAUUACUGUUUCCCGGCAGAUUCCAGGACAACGAGGGACAUGUUGGAGUCGCGAGCAGACAAUGAUAAAUUCAUCAACUAUCUCGCUGGGUCUGGAUACUGCCGGGAGAAGGACUUCAACUCGCCUCAUGAGCGUGCAGCGCUCAUGACGAUCUCGAGGGAACAUUCUUUUGAGACCCGUCUGCCUGAUUUUGAGGCUCUGCUGCGUACUUUCAGAUGCUGAGUCAAGUCAAAUUUUAUAGACAUAGCACACAUCUCAAGUCACCCCUUUGCCAAUCACUUUUCCAAUCACCUCAGUUUGUUGUAGUUCUAAUUUUUUGCUCAAGCACACUCUUGGCUAUAGCUAUGGUUCACACUAAAUCAGACUA